AUGCGUCCAAAUGAUAAUCAGCUCAAAGCCUUGGACAAGGCAGGAGGCAUGUACAACAUAACCUUCAAAUGGGUUGAUAAACUGGGCAGGGGCAAGAGCGAAUCAGUCAUUCUUAGUGAGUGCAUUUAUUGGACUUUGGGUCCUGUACAGUCAUUGUACGAGGUCCUUAGGCUCAGCGUCCCGCUUCACCCCGUAGAGGCAGGUUUCACAGAAUAUUUCACAAGCACAGGCAACAAGGACGGCAAGUUCAAGCUGAAGUCUGCCCAUCGCCUCAAGGUCCCCACCGCCAACGCUCGCAUUGAAAAAAACGGAGAGACGUUGGACGAAGAAACUUGGGUGUCUCGCCUUCCUUUUUCGACAAUGCUUCAGGCGCCCGAAUACCUCAAGAAGGUGAUCGAGAAGAAACUCCUGGAUAACGAGGACGUGUUGUCGCAUAUAUUAUUGAACAAGGGUUGGCAACUUGCUAAUAUAGAACCCACCCCUCCAAAUUCAAACACCAAUGGGGGGGAAUACACGAGAAUUCUGGUAAAUACGGGGUUUUUGACUCUGAAGCAGGUGCAUGAUGUACUUGUUGCGAAGAAGAAGGACAAGGCCCUCGAAGGCGAAUUCAUCUUUUGCGAGGCGGCUCAUUGA